AUGGAGCCGCUGGUGCUCGGGCGGCUGCGGCGGCUCCUCCCCGCGGCCCCGCGGCCCGGCUGCGCCCUGCCGCCGUUCCGCGCCGCGCAGACGGGCGGCGCCGGAGCCCCGCGGCCGCGCUCCAACCUCUACGAGUUGUUGGGGGUCCCGUCCACGGCGACGGCGGCGCAGAUCAAGACGGCGUACUACGAGCAGUCGUUCCGGUACCACCCCGACCGCAACGCCGGCAGCGCGGCCGCGGCCGCUCGCUUCGCCGCCGUCAGCGAGGCUUACCGGGUGCUGGGCAGCGCCGCGCUGCGCCGCAAGUACGACCGGGGCCUCCUGAGCGCCGAGGAGCUGCGCGACGCGCCCCGGCCUCCGGGCCGCCCUCCCGCCGCCGCCCCGCCGCCGCCCCGCGCCCCCGCUGCCCGCCCGGGGUCCGUCCCGCCGCUCUUCGACUUCGACGCGUUCUACCAAGCGCACUACGGGGAGCAGCUGCAGCGGGAGCAGCUGCUGCGGGCGCGGCGGGAGCAGCUGCGCCUCCGGCGGGAGGAAGGCGCGACACACAGGCGCCUUAGGGCCCUCUCGGAUCUCUCGAUCGGCUUCCUCUUCUUCCUGGGUCUUGCCAUCCUCUACGGCCUCAAGUGACGGCGGGGUCGGGCAGUCUCGUCACCAGGAGCCUCGGCAGCGGGCCCUUGGCCAAAACCCCGUAUCUGCUGCUCAGGCUGUGACAUUUCACUGCCAAUGUGACCUUCAGGGACGGUGUAUGACCGGCAGGCUUUGUAGGCUGUGAGCUGGCCCCUCUGCCAGUAUGACCCUCAGGCACACAGCCCCUGGCUGGCACGGGAUGUGACCUCUGGAUACCCUCGGUGCGCCCUGGUCCACAGACAUGGCUGUGCUGUGACCUUGCAGAGGUGGUGCAGGAACUCUGCCCCCUCUGCCAGUGCCACCUGCAGACACAGUGCCUGGCAAGGGAACACAGGACUCUGGACUGGGAUAUGUCUCCUCCCCUGGCACAGCUGUGUGACCUUGGUGUGCCCCGGGUGCCUGCUGUUAGCCGCAGCUGACAGAGGUGCUGUGUGUCAUCAGGGCUGCGCUCACUCCAGCUCAGGUGUGGCUCUGGUUUCUGCUGAUGCCAGACCUGCCACCUCUGUGCUGUCACACCUGCUGGCCCUGCAUCUCCGGGGAGCUUUUCAUGUCCAAACUGCAUCACCCUGCUCAGAACGGUGGGUGUAGAAGCCUUGGAUUCAGAGUUGAAAAAUGAAACUCUAGCCCAUGGUGGCUCAUGCCCUGGUCAGUGUGUGACAUUGCCUGGAGGUGCAGGCACAGCACUCUGGUGUCCUCUGUCCUGUCUAGAGCCUGCCAGGAGCUUUACACAAGCCCCUCCCUCUGAGCCUCUUGGCCAGGGUGCAGCCGUGAGCACCAAGUGCUAUUCUCUGUGUUUUACAGCUACCUGAGCUUCAUUUGCACAUGUGUAUUUGCCUAUUUAAAUAUACUGAAGUGCUCUAAGAACUAAA